UAUCAUUUUUGUCGACGAGAGAGAGAGGAAGAAGGAAAAAAAAAACGACCUUUGCUCUCAUUUCUAUUUAUUUUUUCCUCUGCCAAGAAGUAAAAGCUUUCUCCUCCAUGAACGCCUAGCUUCCUUGAGCCUUCAUAUUGCUCUCUCACUUUGUACAUCACACUUGGGUUUUGACGGGUUUUGUGUUUUAUCAAUGGAGAUGGAUGCUAUCGAAGGGAAUUCCGAGUGGAAUUGCACUGAAGAUGAAUCUGCUGAGCAAUCACUUUCUCCAGGUAUUUGUGAUGCCUACAGAGAUCCUGAGCUGCUUCCUCGCAUUGGAGAUGAGUACCAAGCUCAAAUUCCAGCUCUUAUGACAGAAUGUGCCAACCGGUUGCUUGUGGAGAAUCCAGCUGAUGCAAAAAUCUCAUCUGCUACUUGCGAUGAGUUUUUGGUUGGAUUGCCUGUAUCAUUAAUGUGGAUCAGUGAGGAAGUUGAGAGCAUUAAACAUGAACCACAAGGUUAUCCUUGUGAUUUGACUGACACAUCCAAUAGAAACAAGUUUGUAAAACCCGAAAGCAUUAGAGAGGCAAAGAUUGUUCCAGGAGUUGACUUGAAAGCUAAGGUUGAGCAUAUGGAUAUUACAACGAAUGGUGGCAUGGAAGUAGGAGAAUCUGCAAAGUUAUGUUUUCAACCAGAAUUAAGUAAUGAAAUGCCUUGUAAGCUUGGAAACAAAGUUUACUCCUUAGUUCCUGGUUCUGUGAACAACCCUUGGAGUGAAGCAGAGGAGGACAGUUUUCUUCUUGGUUUAUAUAUCUUUGGAAAAAAUCUUGUUCAAGUGAAGAACUUUGUUGAGAGCAAGACGAUGCGUGACAUACUUUCAUUUUAUUAUGGUAAGUUUUAUAGGUCUGACAGACACCGUAAAUGGUCAGAGUGCCGUAAAAUAAGAAGCAGAAAAUGUGUAUAUGGGCAAAGGAUUUUUACAGGAUCGAGGCAACAUGAGAUGCUAUCUCGUUUGCUUCCGCAAUUGUCAGAGGAAUGCAAAAAUAUUUUGCUUGAGGCUGCCAAGGCAUUUGGAGAGGGAAAAAUGUUGCUGGAAGAAUAUGUAUUCACUUUGAAGUUGACAGUUGGAUUGCAUGCCCUCGUAGAGGCAGUGGGAAUUGGUAAAGGAAAACAAGACCUCACAGGCUUUGCCAUGGAGUCUCUGAAGUCUAAUCAAGUUGCUCAUGUCCGUCCAGAAAUACCAACCGGAAAAGCAUGCUCAACCCUUACACCUGUUGAAAUUAUCAACUACCUAACUGGUGGCUAUCGCUUAAGCAAAGCCCGAUCAAAUGAUCUGUUCUGGGAAGCUGUUUGGCCUCGAUUACUUGCAAGAGAUUGGCAUUCUGAACAGCCUAAUGAUCAUGGUUUUGCUGCUGCCUCCAGGCAUUCUCUGGUCUUUCUGAUCCCUGGCAUCAAGAAGUUUUCAAGAAGGAAACUAGUGAAAGGAGACCACUAUUUUGAUUCUGUCAGUGAUGUCCUGAAUAAAGUUGCUUUGGAUCCAACGCUUCUUGAGCUUGACAUUGGAGAAGAUAAGGGUGAUGGUAGCAAGGAAGAAACCACAUGGAACAACAAGACAAAUUUGGACCAAGGAGAUUUUCCUGGUCAACAACGCCAUUGUUACCUCAAACCUAGAACUCCAAGCCGUACUUCAAAUGCCAUGAUGUUUACCGUGGUUGAUACAAGUCUUGCCACUGAGGAAACAAAAAAGGUGAGAGAACUGAGGAGCUUACCAGUUGGAUUGAUGAGCAUAUCCAACUCUAGAAGUGAUUCUGAAGAUAGUGAUGAUGAUUCUUCGAAGGAGUCAACUGAUGAAUCUGAUUCUUGUGAUAAGAAUAAGAGUACCAUGAUAAAAACCAUAAAGAAUGAUUUGGACAAGGGAGUAUUUUCUGACAGUGAAGGCGUUGAAAAUAAUGCUUUAAAGCAGAGUUUCCCUAUAAAUGGUUCAGGUUUCACCAAAGCUCUUGAAGAAAUUCCCGUGGACCAGAAAACUGAUAAAUGUGAUGAUAUGCAGAUGAAAAGGGCUAUCAAGCGCCAAACAACCCGAAGAGUAAGACAUGGAGACAGAAAACUUUUGGCCCCAGUGGCAAAACAUCUACAUAGAUUAAUUGCUUGUGACCAGACAAAUACAAGCUGUGGUGUAAUUAAUAGUCAUGGGUUAAAACAAGAUGAGCUUGGUUGUGCUGGAGAAGGUCCCAAUUUUAGAGACGAAUUUCUCUCUCGAGUGGAUCCACCUGUGGAGAAAUUAUCAGCUACCAGUUCUCCCAGAGGCAGUCCAAAUAUUAGUGAUGAAUGCGCUCUCAGCAGUAAUUCCUCUGUUGCUGAACAUCCUCAUGAGAAACUUCAAUCCCGGGCAUUGAUUGACCUGAACAUACCUGUAGCUCAAGAUGCUGAAACGGAACCUUCAAUGAUGGAAGUGAUAGAAGUACAAGAUGAUCAAGCAAGCAGGCAAACAGAGGAUUUUUGGCGGCAAAAAAGCAUUACACCGGUAGAAUGUGAUUCUAUUCCUCAGCAGCCACCUAAUAUGAACACCCGAAGACACAGCACAAGAAACCGGCCGCCGACCACUAAAGCACUAGAAGCUCUCGCUUGUGGCUUCUUAAGCAUAAAGCAGAAGCGGAAGAGUAGAGAUGAUUUUUCACUAGAUAACCGGAUGUCGAGGCCUUUACGACGUGCUCGCAGUAAGAUGAGAAUCACUGAAAACUUCAGUGUUGAUAUGACAAAUUUUAAAGGAGAUGAAAGAAGAAGAAAUGGUGGGUGCAAGAGUAACGGAGACAUGCUCAGCAAGGUUCAGAUUUAAAUCACGGGUGGUGUUCCAACCUUGGGCUCCAAGUUUUUUGGGUGCUGGUCUGCCAAUCUGUACCAUAGGAAUGAGUCGUUAAGACUCUGGAAGGUUCAGCUCUUCUCAGCAGCUGAAGUACUCAAGACUUGAAUGAGGCAGCGCUCCUUUGUCUUGCUUCGAACUGCAACAUGCACGGCUUCAUGCUAACUUCACAAUGAUCAGACUAGAAUUAUAAACUUUCCAAGACAACGUCUACACUGGACAAAGAACCUUGCGAGAUGUCUAACAUCAGAAAACAAGAUGGGGAAAAGGUUGCUUAGAAGUCAAAGUGUUGUUUUUCAACAGCAUUUGACAGUACAGAUACUUCUUAAUCUGAACUCCCAUAUCACCUUUUGCCUAAUUGAGGCAAUCAUUGCCCCAUGAUCCAACCUAAAGUCCAGUAUGGUCUAAUCCUCCCUCUCAAUGUGUGUUUGUUUUCUUUUGAAUUCAUCCAUAAUGAAUCGAAGUAUUGGUAAGCAGAUGGAUUCUCCUGUUCUUAA